GUUCUAACUGCGCGUGUGAAUGUUAAAGUCCUGGUCUGCGACAUUGCUCAAAAUAACGGCACAACUACAACCUAAUUCCACAUCUGCCACAAUAUCAAUCCACCACCACCUACACAUGUGUAUCACAGCUGUGCAGCGCGUCUUUCAGUCAGAACCUCUGGCGUGCAGUAAUCUGGCAAACUCUUUCCCCUGCGACAUAGAAACGCUCGCCAUCGCCCGCGGGCUCUACCAUCAUGCCUCGUAAACGCACCCGCGACGAGAUGGAGGCGUCUCCGCCAGAAGAAAAGAAGCAGGAACCCGGAUUGCUUCAACGGAUACGGAACAUGUGGGAAUUUGCCUCCGUGAUGCAAUACAUCUUCAUGUUCGGCAAGGCCGUCAAGAUUGACGACGAUUUUGACAUCGAGGAUUUCGAGAACGAGUGCCUGAAGCCAGGCUAUUCCGAAAAGCUUGAAGAAAUCGGCCUGACCCUGCUCAAAUGGAUCUCGUCUCAUCGGGGGCUCAAUUAUGACAUCUGGGAUGAGUACACUCGACGGCAAUACUUGGCAAAAGCACCACAUCUUAACCCCUACGGCGAUGAAGAACAGCCCAAGCGGUUUCGCGACUUUGACAUCUUCACCAAAAUCAGAGUCCUGCACCAAUUGACGGUGUGGACCUUCUGGAAUCCCGAUCGCAUUAGAGAGAAGAUGCCUGAACAUCCGCGCGAAGUGGAUCAAACCGAAUGGCGUAUCGAAGAGUUCGGUUACGAUAGACAUGAUCGGCAAUAUUAUCUCCUCGAUGAUAAUCGAUUCUAUCGACGCACUGACCCUCCUUUGCCCGCCGCUCCGAAAGCGAAACCCAAAGCCAACUCCAAAAAGGCCAUUGCUGCUAGGCGCAGAGAGAGCAAGCGGUUAAAGCUGGAAUCUCAGACACCGGACGUGGAAGACCAACAAGAUCAUAACAACGAUGACACCCAGGCGACCGAAGAUAAGAAGCAGGAAAGCUGGGAGGUCGACACGUUUGGUGGUUACAAAUGGGAGUGCAUCGCCAUUACUCUUUCGGAAUACCAAGAACUAUGCGAAAGUCUCAAGAAAUCCAAGGACCCCAACGAGAAGGCCCUACGAGACAGACUUAUCGAAGAGGUCAUUCCCGUCAUUGAAGCUGCCGAGGAGAAACAGCGACGGAAGAUUGAGAGACGUGAGCGCGAGCUCAUGAUGAUGGAGAAGAUGGUGGGCGCCAAACGAUCUAGCCGACUUGCAGACAAACAGGAAAGAGAACGACGAGAGGCGGAACAAGCAGAAGCCGAACGCAAGAGACAGGAAGAAUUGGCUGCUGCUCGUCGUGAACAAGCAAGACAGGAGAAGAUGGAGCGCGAGAGACAGUAUCGAAUGAUGACCCGAGAACAACGAAUCAAGGACCGAGAAUACAAACGACUGCUCAAAGAGGAAGAGCUUGCUAGAGACUCGCUCGAGCAGAAACGGAUUGAAGAAGGUCAAAUUCGAGGGUCCGGUCGACAUCUUCAGGACCGCAUCGAAAAGAACAAAAAGGAACUUGAGGAACUCAACGCCGAGGAGGAUUGGACUUUUGAUUGCUCGGGGUGUGGCAUGCAUGGAAAGAACUUUGAUGAUGGUUCUCACAGUGUCGCUUGCGAGAGAUGUAAUGUCUGGCAACACAGCAAAUGCUUGGGCAUAUCCAAACUCGCAGCCGAGAAGGAGGACUUUCAUUUCAUCUGCAACGAUUGCAAGCGCAAGGAAGAAGAUGCGAAGAAGCCCAAGAUCUCUCUCAAGUUCAAAGUCGGGCCGUCCUCGUCGCCAGUCCCACCAAGUCCGCCGCAACCGAAGUCGACAUUCGCGGGCGUUGAGAUUCCCAAACAGGAGCAGCAGGAUGGCGUCCAGUCACCAAAUCAAGCGUCAGCUACCAAUGGCUAUCAACCGCAUUCGUCGCCACCUGCACCGUCCAUCACUUCUCCAUCUCGUCCACAGAACGCCGAUGUUAAGCAACAUACCUCUUCGGGCCAUCCUCACAGUCCUCCUCAAGAUAUCAAGCCUGCGGGACUUCAAAAUGGGUGGCCUCAAACAAACGCCACUUCCCAGCAACAACCGUAUUCUUCUCAUUCUUCGGCUGGAAAUCAGGAUACUAAGCAGCCUCAUCCAACUCCUCAAACCGCGCCUAGCAGUUCCGUGGAUUCCAGUGGUACUGCACGUCAAUACCAGGAUACUGUCCAAAAUCAGGCAUCAUUUGCAGCCGCACAGAGCACUCCUCGUCAACCAUCCCAGCCUCUUGUGAACGGUCAGUCGAUGAACAACGCCGGCCGCCUUCCAUCUCCAGUGAUUAACCGUCCGACCAUGUCUCCAACACAAGGCAAUAUGGAUGUUGGACCCGUUGCCGGCAUUCCUCAAAAACUUGAAGCUUCUGACGCAGAGCAACGUACAGGGGUUAGCACUGAAUCUUCUAUGAACGGCUAUGCACACGCAACUCCCAAUGGCGUGAUACAGCCGCAUGCCACACCACGCGGGCCGAACCAAUUUCAUCAAGCACAGACUCCAAGCACACAGCCGUUUUCAGGUCUUUCUCCCAAAAAGCAGCGGACACCGGUCCCGGCUGCUCCGACACCCAUGAUUCCGCAGAAAUCAAACCGAAUGUCACCUCCUCUGGCAGCUCUGUCCCAGCCUGCUGCUUCGAAGCUACCUGGAUCAGUGGAGAAGAGAACCGUCAGCGGUACACCCAUUUUCCCUCCUGUCGAGAAUUUGAGACCGAGCCCAGAGCAGUUGAGGAAUAUGAGCAGUACGGAACCUGUUCCGACGCCUAGUAAGCAACCUCAACCAGCUGUUCAUCAUGGUGAAGGGACUGCUCGGGGAAAUGCUCUCGGACAGGAUACAGCCAUGACUGACGACCGCCAAUGAAUGGUCGGUACGAUACCCUAUUGACACUAUCACGUGCUCCGGCAUGUGGUAAACGACGACAAGUCCGAACAGUGGGGUGGCUGAUUGAUGCUGAGGUGCAUGAUUGAGAUGAUGAUGGCGGAACCAAGCCAUUGAUGUGUUAUGAUUAUUUUACCAUGCUGGGGUCUUGUUUUUUGUCCGUCCAGACCAUGAUCUUCUGGGUAGACAAAUGCGGUUUUGACAGCGUCUAGAAGGGCUAUUAGAGGCAGUCACUCUCGAAACAUGCAUGGGCGUGGGCAUGAAUAUGGAUAUGCGCAGAGGCAUGGCCUGCCAGUGGGCCAACAAGGCUCGAAUGGAUGUAUGAGUUCGAUUUUACUCGGUCAAGCAGCAGCAGCAGAUCCCCAUCAAUGAAUGAGUAGAUUAAUUUGUUGCGAGCAUUAAAAGACAAAACUGGUUUGAGCUUCGAUGUCAAAUUGAGGCUAUUAAUAAAUGCUGGUACCUUCCAC